UUGCUUCCGUAUUGGCGAACCAGGAAGGCGGGGGUCACAAACAUCACAAGAAGAUGAAGAGAGUGAAGCAGCGGAGCGGGAAGGGGUACGAUUAGGGUAGUCACAUGGCCAUCACGUCUGGCAUACGCGUCUGUGCCGUUGAAAUAGAUUCAACUUGUAUUUGUACUACCAUCUCCUGACACUCUUUCCUCCUCUGCUUGCCAUGCUCGGAGCUGCGUCCAUUCAACAAUCGUUCAGAUUAUCAUCGUCUAACUGUCAUGGAACUGGACACUCCUCUUCACGCAGAAGCCGGCCAUCAAUGUCGAAUAUAUGCGCAAAACUGGUCACCGUGAAGAAGGGUCGCAAAGAAGCGAUAGUGCUGAGCCUGAACAAACCCGUAACGAUAGGCAGAAAUCCUGAAUACUGCACCUAUGUAAUUACAGAUGCUUCGGUGUCAGGCCUCCACUGCAAGCUUUCCGCCGUUCGGUCUCCCAACGGCGGUGUCAUCGUUUCUUGUCAGGACAUGUCGAAGAACGGCAUCAUUUUGAAUGAGCAUCGAAUCAGGAAGACAGCAGUCAUAUUAAUGGAUGGCGAUGUGAUACACAUACCGGACUCACUCACUUUCACUUGCAUUCAUUUAUGGAAAGAGCCUGUCGAAAAAGUCACAGUUUUCGACCCUACACCUCCCCAGCAGCCAACACAUAAGCAAAUUGGCGCAUACAUUGUAACUUCUCAGUGUCUAGGAAGUGGUUCCUUUGCAACCGUCCACCUUGCCCUUGAUACAGCACACCAGCGGCAAAUUGCCUGCAAAAGUAUUCGAACGAAGAAGGAGCAUGAGAUGAGUCAAGUGAUGAAGGAAAUUCGGAUUCUCAUGGCUUUGAAUCACCCUAAUAUUAAUCGCAUAUACGACUCUGAAGUCAAUGGCAACUUCAUCCACAUUUUUCUCCAACUUUGCACCGGUGGCGACUUAUUCACAUACAUUACCAGUUAUGCAGAGAAGGAAAGCCGUUUAUGCGAAGCUGAGGCAAAGUACAUCAUGUAUCAACUCCUCAAAGCUCUCAUGUAUCUCCAUGAUAAAAGUAUCUCACACCGAGGUAUGACGGCCGUUUUAAGCUGAUGCGGGUGCUAAUUCAUGGCCUAGAUAUAAAGGCAAGCGAAUGUUCAUUGCUGCUCUAGCAGUCGGUUUACCGAUGUCGUUGUUAGCCUGAAAACAUUCUCCUCCAUUGCCCUGGUCCAUAUCCGCGGAU